AUUGACACUUGACAGAAUAGUCUAAUUUUCAAUUUUGUGAAUUUCGAGAAUUUCUCGUGAUCCGUAUACUGGAUUCUAAGUAAAUAAUCCAAUCGAUUACAGAUUUGUUUGUAAAUUGUAUUUUUGUAUGUGAAGCCGCAACCACUGCUGCGUAAUUACAAAACAAACGAUGGCGGACAAUCAAGAAGCCCCGGCAGCUAACACUGCAGAUAGUACAGUGAAAGAAGAGCCCAAAGCAAGUGCUGAUAGUACAAACGAGCCUGGGAAAGUUGUUGAAGAGAUGGCUGAGUCACCUCCACCGCAGCAGACGCCACCGCCGGCGGAGGAAGAAUGCAACGAGAUCAUUAUAGUGAACGAGCAUACGACGGAACUGGACCUGAACCAUGGCAGGAUCGGGAAGAUUGAGAACCUGGAGCCUCUCAAGAACUUAGAAAGACUAUACUUACGAUGGAACCUGAUCAAGAAAAUCGAGGGUUUGAGCACCCUGAGCACACUGGUGGAGCUGGAGCUGUACGACAAUCAGAUUGUAAUCAUGGAGAAUUUAGAUGGCCUCGUCAAUCUAGAGAUGUUGGACCUAUCGUUCAACAGGAUCAAAGAGAUCACCGGUCUGGACAAACUGCUGAAACUAAAGAAACUGUUCCUCAGCUCUAACAAGAUUACAGAGAUCAAGAACGUUAAUCAUCUGCCUGAAUUAGAACUGCUUGAGUUAGGUGAUAAUCGGUUGCGGGAAAUCAAAAACCUAGAAGGCCUGAAAACUCUAAAGCAACUAUACCUAGGCAAAAACAAGAUAUCUAAAAUACAAAACUUGGAAGAACUCACAGAACUCGAAGUUUUAGUUCUACAAAGCAACCGUAUUACCCAAAUAGAGAAUUUGGACGAACUUCGUAACUUAGAACAGUUGUAUAUAUCUGAGAAUGGCAUAUCGGUUAUUGAAAAUUUGGGUAACCAGAUGAAAUUGACGACUUUGGAUCUGGCCGUCAACAGGAUUACAGUUAUUGAGAAUGUUAGACAUAUGGCUGAUUUGGAAGAGCUAUGGCUAAACGACAACCAAAUCACAGACUGGGCAUCCAUAGAUUACCUGAAAAACAACACUAAGAUCGCCACGAUAUACCUCGAGCGUAACCCCCUCGCCGCCGACCCCGCGUACAGGAGGAAACUCAAGCUAACCCUCCCGUCGCUGCAGCAGAUCGACGCUACUUUGUGUAGAUAAGAUUCUUUUUUGUUUCAACCUUUUUCGUAGUUGGGGUGGUGUGAGUUUAUGAGUCGCUGUUUUGAGUGUUAAGUGAUGUUCGUUGGUUGAAAAUGCCUAUAUUUUUGGCAGAUGGCUUUUAAAGUAUAAGGUAAAAUAAAAGAUAUGAAUUUUAAAAAUAUCUUCUCGGUAUAACAUUUUCAAAAUCCUUUAAACUUGCUAUCCAAACACCACUCCAAGUAGUCCAUUUGGUAAGUAGCAUAGAAAUACAGGAACGAGAAUAGUCUUACUAUUCAACAUAGUUACUUUGCGUCUUUGAAUAUCAAAAAAAGUUGUUUUUUUGAACAUUUCUGUAAGAUGUAGAAUGUAUGUCUAUGUUUUUAUAUUUACGUAUUUAAAUGUAGGCAUAGAUGUUGAUGUAUGUAGUUAAUUCAGUGUAUUAAAUUAAGUAUACUUUAGUAGUGCUGAUAUUUUUAUUAUAAUUGUUAUUUUACACUGUG